ACCACCGGAUGAAUGGCCCUCAUACUGGGAUGGGGACCCCUGGUCCCCGCGGGGCUCCAGAUCUCGCGGACUCGCCCCGCAGCGAGCAACGCUCCCGGUUGUUUGCGCGCGAGGAGGGGCGCGGGGCUCCCUCGGCCCCAGGUGCCCCGAACCCCUCGGCGGCGAAAUGGAGCCGCAGGCAGGGCGGCACCCACGAGGACCGCGGGGCGGGGGAGAACGCGGACUGUGAUUCCUGGGUCCGAGAUAAAGUGCUCUUUCUUUUGCACCCGGAGAGGUGGUUGGGGACUCAGGGGGACGCCGAGCGGGAAGAGGUGGCCGAUGAGGAGGACCUUUUCAAAGCUCAAGGACAAGACCGGGAACCCAACUGCUCUUCUCUCUUUCCACGGAAAAUUCGAAUUUCUGGCAGCCGUGUAGACGCUCCCUCUCGAGCUCCCAAACCCCUGCUCGUGCGGGUCUUGGAUUAUGAGGUGACACAAGAAGUCCUGGAGGUCGCAUGGGCGAAGGGCAGCAUGACCACGCUGACAGAGGAGCGCUCCAUGACCGCGGUCACUUUCCGCGCCAACAGGGAGUGAGACGCGUUGCGGAGCGCCAGGAUCCCUGGAGAAUCCCGCGCUUUCGGCACAAAGAGAAACACCCGUGUCCACGCAGAGAGGAUCGUGUCACGGACCUGAUAACCGGACAAGAUUUAGUGGGCUAGAGGAGCCCGAGGAAUGUUCGGGGACGGUGAAGCAGCGCUUAUCAAGAAAAUGCGCUUCCGGAAACUCCAACCUGUGAUUAACAAAACAACAAGAACCUUUUAAGAGUCUGGCCGUGCUCUCCAGGAGGGAACAGGGCACCCAAUGAAGACUGAACUCUUGUGAUAAGAUUGAUC